UUGCGCUUUUCUCGCCCAUGAAAAUCAAGAGCAGAUCCUUAAUACAGGGAGAAAAAUUAUCUCCUUUUCUUUUUUUUAAUGUGUAAUUAGGAAAUUUUAACCAAAACAAAUAGAGAGUUGGCAUAUAAUCCAACAAUGGAAGAAGAAGAUGAAGUGGUGAACCUCCUGAGAGAUCGAUUCAGGCUCUCCGGGAUCUCCAUUGCCGAAGUCGAAGCCAAGAGAAAUGACGUCCAUAUACAGGAACAUGUAUCAGUUUGCAUUGCCGAUUUAGCCUUCAAAUAUGCAGAACACCUGGCAAAGGACCUCCAGUUAUUCGCAUGGCAUGCGAGGCGUAAGACUGUGAAAAUGGAAGACGUGAUCAUCUCGACUCACAGGAAUGAAAACCUAGCAGCUUCAGCGAGGUCCUUCUGCGAUAAUUUGGCUACAAAAGCUCCCAAGUCGGAGAGGAGGCCUAGGAGGAGCAAGCUGUUGAUAACCGAUGACAAGGCUGCCUCGAGUUUGGACCUUGAAGAUCAAGAGCAAGAAGAUAUUACUCCAACUGAUUAAUCAAGAACCGAUUAGUUCUGCUGUUACCACACGAUAGAAGGCACUAUUUUUAUUAAAUGUGGUAAAAGAUAGAACUGUAGAUCCUGUGCUAGUAUGAUCGAUGUGUGUCACCGCUACGGGGAUUUUUUUUUUUUGGGUAGGUAUUCCGGCAAGAAUAGUAGGCACGGGCAUCAAUUUUUUAAUAAUCUCAUUUUCUUGGUGUUAUAAUACAGCUUCAGAAAGAGUAAUGAUCGAUCAGGUUCAGAUGAAGCUUUCAUUUUCAAUGACCAUUGCCUUCGAAGCAUUCCUGGUCGCCUGCUCGAAUGACUUUUAAGG